GCGGAAGUCGGUUAUGGCGGCGUAAACAAGACACAUGACAGAAUAAGAUGCAGUCAAAAAUGCCCACAGGGACAUGUAGCAAUGCAAAAAGUUACUAAAAGACGAGCAGAUUGUCCCGAGUGUACCAGGUUUUAAAUACAUGAUCGUGAACAGCUAACCUGCCAAGAGGAUGGACUGCGUCGUCACGGGAGGAAACGUCAAAGUGCUGGCCAAAGCUGUCCACUCCUUGUCCCGAAUUGGAGAUGAGCUUUACGUGGAGCCGCAAGAGGAUGGGCUGGCCCUGCGGUCUGUGAACUCGUCUAGAUCUGCGUAUGCUUGUUUCCUGUUUUCACCACUGUUGUUCAGCAGCUACACAACAGCCAGUGGCCAUUCCUUUCGCUGCAAAUUGGCAAUAAAGAGUGUACAAUCCGUGUUCAGAUCUUUGGCAACUUUGGAGAAAACUGUGGAGAAAUGCCACAUCAAAUUAGAUGAACAAAAGAGCCGGCUCACGUUUACACUGCACUGCAAACACGGCCUAGUGAAGACGCACAACCUGUCUUUCCAGGACAGUGAAAGUUUGCAAGCAGUAUUUGAUAAAGACAGCUCUGCCAAUAUAUUCAGAGCCCAGCCCAGGUUGCUCGUGGAUACAGUUGUUCACUUUCCUCCCUCUCUUGAAGAAAUAACUCUUUCAGUGAGUGACGACCGAAUGUGGUUCAAGAAUCAUGUGGAGGAAGAUGCAGAGCCAUCCAAGGCCAUGCUUACAGAGCUGUGUCUGUCUUCUGAUGAGUUUGACCAUUUUUCUGUACAAACUCAAAACAGCAUCACUUUUUGCCUAAAGGAGCUUCGAGGUUUGUUGUUAUUUGCAGAGUCCACUGGUCUGCCCAUUUCUAUACACUUUGAUGAGCCAGGCAGUCCUGUUGUGCUUUCAGUAACAGACAGUGUCCUGGACGGAAACUUUGUGUUGGCAACACUUUCAGAUGAAAAUAAUACUCACAAAAGAAAUUCAAGGUCGUGCACUCAACCUUUGCCCCCUCCCGAUGACUUUAUGAACGAUGACAUGGACUCCUACCUUAUCGCCAUGGACACCAGUAUUGUACCAGAGCCAUCAGUAACAGCCUCAGCCCCGUUAGCCAGAGCUGAAUCUUCAAAACACAGCUCAGUGAAUCACAGGACACAGCAGCACAGUGAAGAUGAAAACGAAACUGACGAAACAGACCACACAGACGGGCCGCCAAAUAAGAAGUUUUGUUCUCUUUUCUUUGGAUCGGUCCUCCCUCCGCCUUCUCAGAUGUCUACUCAGCCCAUAACGACUCAGGAAGUGUUGGCCAGUGAUAGUGAAGAGGAAACUCAGUUGGAGUAACGUUUGACUGUCUACACCCUUCACCAAAGCCUUUUUACUACAGCUUUUAUUAUAAUGACAAUAAUGCCAGGGUUUAAAAUAGUUAAAUUAUGGAUAGAAGUCCACACCGUUUAUUAUUCUGUUGGAUUGUUCCUGUAAAUAAAAAAAUAGUAUUUACACAGUU